CCCUCCGCGGCGCUUGCGGACAGUACCAGCGCGGAGUUGUGAGCACCUGCGACACGCGAGUGCAAACCAGGCCAGGAGUCUGAGGGGGCGAAGGGCAGCCGAGCGCUCGCAGGAAGUCAGUGACCAUGGUGCUCAAUAGUUUGGAUAAGAUGGUGCAGCUCCAGAAAAACACUGCUAACAUCAGAAAUAUCUGUGUUUUGGCUCAUGUUGACCACGGAAAAACCACCCUGGCUGACUGCCUUAUAUCUAGUAAUGGGAUCAUCUCCAGCCGCCUGGCAGGCAAGCUGCGGUACCUGGACAGCAGAGAGGACGAGCAGGUCCGGGGCAUCACCAUGAAAUCCAGCGCCAUUUCUCUGCAUUACACACAAGGGAACGAGGAGUACCUGAUCAAUCUGAUAGACUCUCCAGGACACGUGGAUUUCUCCUCCGAGGUGUCGACGGCUGUGCGCAUUUGCGACGGGUGCAUCAUUGUGGUCGAUGCCGUGGAGGGAGUUUGUCCACAGACACAGGCAGUUCUGCGACAAGCUUGGCUCGAGAACAUCCGUCCGGUCCUAGUGAUUAACAAGAUAGAUCGCUUGAUAGUGGAACUGAAAUUCACCCCACAGGAGGCCUACUCUCACCUCAAGAACAUUUUAGAACAGAUCAAUGCGCUCACGGGGACUCUCUUCACCUCUAAAGUCCUGGAAGAAAGAGCAGAGAGAGACAGCGAGCCCCAGGGGAGCCCCCAGGCCAGCCCCGGGGAGCAGGUGUACGACUGGAGCGCGGGCCUGGAGGACACGGACGACUCGCACCUGUACUUCGCGCCCGAGCAGGGCAACGUGGUCUUCGCCAGCGCCAUUGACGGCUGGGGCUUCGGAAUAGAGCACUUUGCCAAGAUCUACAGUCAAAAAAUUGGCAUAAAAAAGGAAGUCCUUUUGAAAACAUUGUGGGGAGAUUAUUACAUAAACAUGAAGGCUAAGAAGAUUAUGAAGGUCGAUCAGGCAAAAGGAAAGAAACCGUUAUUUGUGCAGUUAAUCCUGGAAAAUAUAUGGAGCCUGUAUGAGGCCAUCUUGAAAAGGGACAAAGAAAAAGUGGAUAAGAUAGUGACUUCCCUGGGACUAAAAAUCGGGGCCCGGGAGGCGAGGCACUCGGACCCCAGAGUCCAGAUCAACGCCGUCUGCAGCCAGUGGCUGCCCGUGUCCCACGCUGUCCUCGCUAUGGUGUGCCAGAAGCUUCCCAGUCCCCUGGACAUGACCUCCGAGAGAGUGGAGAAGCUGAUGUGCACGGGGCCGCAAACGUUCGACUCUCUGCCCCCGGAAACCCAGGCGCUGAAAGCAGCUUUUAUGAAAUGUGGGAGUGAGGAUGCGGCUCCUGUCAUCAUCUUUGUUUCCAAAAUGUUUGCAGUGGACUCGAAGGCUUUGCCCCAGAACAGGCCAAGGCCUCUCACUCAUGAAGAGAUCGCGGAGCGGCGUGAGCGCGCAAGACAGAGGCACGCGGAGAAGCUCGCGGCAGCCCAGGGCCAGGCGCCCGCGGGGUCCCCCCCGGACCCAGGUCCAGAGGGCGAGGAGCCGAAAGGUGAGGAGCAGCAGGUGGAGAGUGUGACCGCCAACCCUGGGCCGCAGGAAGAGAACAGCCAAGAGACGUUCGUUGCCUUCGCGCGGGUGUUCAGUGGUGUGGCGCGAAGAGGAAAGAGCAUUUUUGUCCUGGGGCCCAAGUACAGUCCUGCUGAGUUUUUGCAGCGGGUGCCGCUAGGCUUCUCAGCCCCGCCAGACGGCCUCCCACCCGUCCCACACAUGGCGCGCUGCACGCUGGAGCACCUGUACCUCCUGAUGGGCCGAGAGCUGCAGGAGCUGGAGGAGGUGCCGCCCGGGAACGUGCUAGGAAUAGGGGGCCUUCAGGACUUCGUGCUGAAAUCCGCAACCCUGUGUAGCCUGCCCGCCUGCCCGCCCUUCAUACCGCUCACCUUUGAAGCCACGCCCAUCGUGAGGGUUGCCGUGGAGCCGAAGCACCCAAGUGAGAUGCCUCAGCUGGUCAAAGGCAUGAAGCUGCUGAACCAGGCCGACCCCUGUGUGCAGGUUUUGAUCCAGGAGACGGGUGAGCACGUGCUGGUGACGGCGGGGGAGGUGCACCUGCAGCGGUGCCUGGACGACUUAACGGAGAGGUUUGCAAAGAUUGAAAUCAGUGUGUCUGAACCCAUUAUCCCAUUCAGAGAAACCAUCACAAAACCCCCCAAAGUGGACAUGGUCAAUGAAGAAAUUGGCAGACAACAGAAAGUUGCAGUCAUACACCAGACCAAAGAGGAUCAAAACAAAAUCCCUGAGGGGAUCCAGGUGGACUCCGAUGGGCUGAUCACCAUGACAACGCCCAACAAGUUAGCCACGCUCAGUGUUCGGGCCAUGCCCCUUCCCGAGGAAGCCACUCGGCUGCUGGAAGAGAACAGCGAUCUGAUCCGCUCUAUGGAGCAGCUGACGUCGUCUUUGGCUGAGGGCGAGAAUGCUCAGGCGAUUCACCAGAAGACCCGCGAGAAGAUCUGGGAAUUCAAAGGGAAACUGGAGCAACACCUAACCGGGAGAAAAUGGAGGAACACCGUUGACCAAAUCUGGUCGUUCGGCCCAAGAAAAUGCGGGCCCAACAUACUAGUAAAUAAGAGCGCCGAUUUUCAGAGCUCUGUGUGGCCUGGCCCAGCCGGCACAGCUUCCAAAGAAGCCAGCGGGUACCGUGACGUGGGCAACAGCAUCGUGAGCGGCUUCCAGCUGGCCACGCUCUCCGGCCCCAUGUGCGAGGAGCCCCUCAUGGGCGUCUGUUUCGUUCUGGAAAGGUGGGAACUAAGUAAAUUUGAAGAACAAGGAGCAAGUGACAAGCAGGACCGGGAUCUGGUGGAAGAGGGGCAGGAGGAAAGCGCAGCCCGUUCUGGGGGAGAGGGGAGCCUCGCGCUCCAAGACGGCCACCCGGGGCCCGUGGAGAAGCGGACUUCCCGGAAAGGAGAGCCUCCCCUUUCCGACUGCUACGGACCCCUGUCGGGACAGCUGAUCGCCACCAUGAAGGAAGCGUGUCGCUACGCCCUGCAGGCGAAACCCCAGCGCCUGGUGGCAGCUAUGUACACGUGUGACAUCAUGGCGACCAGCGACGUGCUUGGUCGGGUCUACGCUGUGCUGUCGAAGAGAGAAGGCCGCGUGCUGCAGGAGGAGAUGAAGGAGGGCACAGACGUGUUCAUCAUCAAGGCCGUGCUGCCCGUGGCCGAGAGCUUCGGCUUCGCGGACGAGAUCAGGAAGAGGACGAGCGGCCUGGCCAGCCCGCAGCUGGUGUUCAGCCACUGGGAGGUCAUCCCCAGCGACCCCUUCUGGGUGCCGACCACGGAGGAGGAGUACCUGCACUUCGGGGAGAAGGCGGACUCGGAGAACCAGGCCCGGAAGUACAUGAACGCAGUGCGCAGGCGGAAGGGCCUCCACGUGGAGGAGAAGAUCGUGGAGCACGCAGAGAAGCAGAGGACCCUCAGCAAAAACAAGUAACGGCUGUCGGACCCACUGUUCCUAAUAAAUGGAGAAGGGGGCUCCCCCAGGGCUCGACCCCGGAAAACUCGUUUCUGCCGCGUCAUCUCUGUGCCUUCACUGUCGGUAAAAUUGACCGCACGGGUGCGUGACAGGGAGCGGACGUCAGAGGACACGUUUCCUCAGGGGUUUCUGGUUGGUUCUGGUGCAAGGAAGGCGUAAUUGUAAGCGGCGCGGUGGCGACUCACCUCCCCCCGUGUGAGAUGUGUGUGGGGCAGGGCCACCUGUGCCGUGCGGGGGUGCGAUGGUCUGGGUCCCGCUCCCCUUAGUGGGAAACACAUGGCGCAGCAUCGGGUCCCAGCACUCGGCGUCGUCCGGGGAGACCACACGCUCCGGACACCGGCGACCUCCGAUCUGUUGGCCCAGGUCGCUGUCACCGCCGGCCCCUCGUGUGGUUUGUGUGUCUGGAGAACGGG